AUGCUCCCUAGCAGACCAAGCUGGAAAUGCCAGACUAUCUCCUCCAUCCAUCCUACCAAGUCUCCAAUCCGACUCUUUUGGAGGGACCCUGUGGAAUGCUUGGAGAGCCUUUUCAGUAAUCCACUGUUUCACAACAAGCUUGAUUUCAUCCCUCGCUGCAUUUACAAAACAGCAGAGCAGCUUUUUCGUGUAUAUUUGGAAUGGUUAAUGGGAGAUUCUGCUUGGGAAAUGCAAACACGACUUCCCAGAGGCGCUACAGUUCUCAGCACCAUUCUUUCAUCUGACAAAACUAACAUCACCACCAUGACUGGUGCCAGGGUUGCCCACCCUCUUCUUCUAGGCCUCACCAAUAUCCACAUGUACCGUCUCGUCCAUGAAUGCCUUUCGAUCAUUUUAAAGCCGUUGAUGAAAGCUGCUGAAGUUGGGAUUAUGAUGUCCGAUCCGGUAGGAAAUAUCCACCAUUGCUUUACCCCUCUCACAGCAUACAUUGUUGAUACCCCAGAGGCGGCCAUGCUUGCAUGUGUGUAUGGAAAGACCUCUCCUUUCACCAUGGCCUUAUAUUUGCAGUUUGGGGAUAAUUUCCAGCACCCUGCUCAUACGCGCUCCAUCACUCUUGGACAGCUUGCUAACAUCAUGGUCAAUCCUGAUGACCUGGAGGCUUAUUUUGAGGCUUGUGCUGACUCGCAGCUGAACGGCAUGUAUGCACCAUUCUGGAUGGAUUGGCCACUCGCAGAUCCCUCCAUCUUUCUGACGCCAGAAUCAUUGCACCAUUGGCACAAAGAAUUUUAUGACCACGAUCUUCAGUGGUGUAUCAUGGUUGUUGGAGCUCAGGAACUGAAUUUUCGGUUCUCGAUAUUACAGCCGACUACUGGCUAUUGCCACUUUUCUGGCGGAAUAUCCAAACUGAAACAAGCUACAGGUAGGGGUCAUCAUGAUAUUCAGCGCUAUAUUGUUGGCAUAAUAUCCGGUGCAGCCCCUCGUUGUUUUAUCAUUGCGAUCCAUGCGCUCAUGGAUCUUCGUUACCUAGCGCUGUGUCCUGCACCCGAUGAUGAUAUCUUGGCAUGUAUUGACCGAUCUUUGUCAACCUUUCACAAACACAAAGACAUUAUCUUGACCUUAGGCACGUGGAUGGGCACAAAGAAACCUAUUUAA